GCAGUGCAGAUAAGUUUUGCUAGUUUAGUUAUAUCUUCAAAAAUUAUGACUAAUAAGUGCGUUGGCAAAGCAUCUACGCCCAGAGUGAUCGGAAAUAUGCAAUACAAUACGUCGUAAAUCGUAUCAACUUGUGUGUGUACGCGCUGUCCUAAAUUAAAUUCCCAAUUAGAUUUUCCGUGCCGUAUGCGUGCGUAUGUAGGUGUGUGUUUGCAAGUGUAUGCAAAACGAAUACCAAUACAACAACAAAGCUGAAGUGCAUUACGAUUAUGGCCAUUAAAAGUUGUGCUGAACGCGUGAAAUAGCUGUGCGAACUUUUUCUUUUUCAAUUGGGAAUUCGACACAGGCUGCAUCAUCGAUCAUUCUUGUUGCUGUUGUUGGUGCUGCAAGCGGAGGAGCAAGACAGCUGAAAAUGGUCUCGCUGAUAAAAAAUCAACUGCUCAAGCAUUUAAGCAUAUACACGAAGAACCUCUCCUCGGACAAAAUCAAUUUGAGCACCUUCCGUGGAGAGGGUGAGCUCUCAAACCUAGAGUUGGAUGAGCGUGUGCUCACAGAGCUGUUGGAAUUGCCCAGCUGGCUGAGACUGACAUCUGCUUGGUGCAAUCAUGUAUCCUUUCGCAUUAGCUGGACCAAACUAAAAAGCGUGCCCAUCACAUUGACACUCGACGAGGUGCGUAUCACUGUUGAAACGUGCAAUCCCACAUCCCGGGAUGCUGGCGGCGGGGGAGGCGGCGGGCCCGCAGCUGCUGCCGCACUGCCUCAAGUGCCUCAGGGUAAAUAUAGCUUCAUACACAAGGUGGUCGAUGGCAUCACCAUUGUGGUUAACACGGUAAAUGUGAAUUUUGUGAGUGCUGCGUUCACCGCUUCGGUGCAAAUGUCACGUAUACGCGUCGAAUCAAAAACACCCAAGUGGAUCAAUGCAGAUCUGCGUCUGACACGGCUUAAGGACGCACAAAAAGGCAUCAUACUGAUAUUUAAGGAGCUUUCCUGGCAAACUGUACGCAUAGAGGCCAGUUCAACGCAGGAUAAGUCGUUGACGCCUCUGCGCCUGCUAACAAACCAUGCCCGCUGUCGCAUUACCAUACGAAAACGUCUUGUAGACUGUUCGCUACUCGCAUCUCGUCUGGUGCUCAUCUUGGAUGAUCUACUAUGGGUGCUGACCGAUUCGCAGCUGAAGGCAGCGUUGCAUUUUGUGGACUCGCUAUCGGGCCUUAUCAAAGCAGCCACACAUGCCACACAUAAGUCAAAGGCAGCGCGCAAAAUGGAGACGUUGCCCGAGUAUCAGGCACAGCAAGCGCAACAACAGAACCGUCUUUCCGAAUCGGUACAUACGACGACCGCCCAACGCAUGUUUAACGCCUUUGAUGUGCGUGAAACGUCGUAUCAUUUCUUUAGUCAACGCAUUGAUCUGCACUUAUGUGAUGAUGAGGGCGACGGUCGUUCUAGCUAUCCGGAGCUCGAUAAAGGUGGUGCCUUGCAAGUUUCUGUAACUGCCUUUCAAGUGGACUACUAUCCCUAUCAUUUGGCCAAAUCUGAUCGCUCGCAUUGGGCUAAAUAUAAGGAGGCGUCAGUGGCGCCUGCGUUGUGGCUUAAGGAAUCGCUGAAUGCCUUUCGCGAGGCCGUCUUGAAUUUAAGCCAGCCCAAUCGUCCGGCUACCCAUGCGCCCCUCGAACGUAGCACACCCGCCUCGCCUAUCAUGCUGAACGCCAGUGCCCUGAGUUCGCAGUUGGGGGCAGGCAAUGGAAUUGCUAUUGGCUCCAAUGGUAGCAAUACGCCCACGGCAGUUGCUGGAUCGGGCUCUGGCUCGGGGUCUGGCAGCAGUCAGCUAUCGCAGGCGGCUCAGCAGCGCAGUACACUUGAAAAUUUGGGCAAAUUGAUGAGUGCGUGUGUCAUAUUGAGGAUUGAGGACUUUACCUUGUACCGUGUGACCACAUCGGGAAAGAAACAAAUGCCCAAAGAGUUUGUAUCAGCACAACAUAAAAGGAAGAGCAAAUCCUCAGGUGAUAAGGAUCGCUAUUCGUUUCCAGCAGAUAUGCCCAUCGUUCAUGCCGAAUUCACUUACUUUUAUUAUCCCGGUGACUUCAUCUUUCCACUGCCGCCCUCAAAAGUUUUUGUGCACAUUAACCCGCUGCAGGUUCAUUUUGAUCUCAGCUCCAUAUUGUGGCUGAACUCCUUUGGCCUAAAUCUACACGAGAGCUUAUUGCGCACCAGCGUCGGAUCUCAGACCACAUUACAGCCGCCUCAUAGCGCGAGGGGCUCAAUCGCUUCCAAUGGUUCCAAUGGCACACAAUUACCCUCAACAGCGGCUUUAAACGUUGAGCAGGAGCCUAAUCUCAUGUACAUGGACGUAAAGGUCGAGGCUAUAAUGCCGCGUGUGAUUAUUGAGGCAGCCGUCGAUGCUCCCAAUCAGAAGGACCGCCCGAAAACAAUGCAAAUACAAAUCUCAAGGUUUGCCUUGACAAACAUUCGCGAAAUGGGUUCGUCACGUGCCGAUCUAGCUCAGGCACUGCACUCACUGCAGGAGGGAUCUUUGGUCUUUGGCUCCGGUUUUCCCUCCGUUGAGGGCGAUAUGUGCAUUGUUACGGAUCGGAUUCUUGCGCAUGUGGCUGCUUCGGAUGUACAAAUGAUGUCGCCGGCGCCUGGCAUAUCCUCAGCUUCCAUGUCGCCAACGCAGACGACUAUGCCGCGUUCCGCCUCAACACAGUACCUCUCCCGCUACGCCAUGUGGUCAGAGCCGCGCGAUGUGUGGUGCAUAAAGCUCGAUCCCGUGUGGGUGGACUUUUUGGGCGCCCGUUCGCUGGGGCCCAACAAGUCCAUACCAUUUGUGGAUGCGGUGCCCAUUACAUUGUGGCUGCAUGCGGGCACGCAUGAGGCGCAGCUGGAUUUGGGAGCUGGCAGCACGGCGGGCGCACACAUGGAAAGCAUGGGUCUCGAACCUUUGGCCACGUUGCCGCCGUUGCCGCGCAAUCCGUUUCUAAGCGACGAGGACGUAAGAGUGUUAGAGACCACGGAUGCCGAAAGCCCAAAAGUAGCACCUGCGGAGCGAACUGCCGACGUCCAUGCCAUUGCCCAUAUUUCGAAUCUGGUCAGCCUGCAAAUCGACCAUUAUCAACUGUUGUUCCUGCUGCGUCUUGCCGAGGAGUUCAAUGAAAUGUCAACGUUUCUAAACCUCGAUGCCGAACGCAUUCUGCACAAGCAAAAUCAACAAAAGUCCAUUAUUAUUGGCUGUGUUGUGCCUCAAAUCGAAAUCACGCUCGUGAUGCCGUCCCCAACACCUGGUAAGGAAUCAAGUGGUGGUGAUGCUGAAAGUGUCUUACCCGAUUCAGCUAGUUUGGGUGAUGAUUUACACAUGAAUAGUGGGAAUAUAACGUGGCCUACGCCACCGCCCUUGGAUCAAUUGAAAAGCAAUACGUUUGGCAGCGUAGAGACACCAUCACCCGUUACCAAUGAUCCACCUUUUGACAGUGGUAUACACAUUUCCAAUCCAAACACCCAUGGCUACAACGUACAAAUACAAAGCACACCCACCGUGGCUUCCUCCACGCCCAGUCAAGGCUCCAGGCCCGAUACUGGGAUCUAUACACAAUCCGUUUCUUCUGCUUCGAAGAGCGCCAAGUCAAUACAACGCUCCAGCGGUGGCUCUGGCGAUAAUGCGCCCAGCAUAACAAAGGAAAUCAACUCAGGACUAAUGUCUAUGAAGAAGGGCUUCUCCAAUUUCAUGACUUCCAUAGACUCGGCCAUCAAAUCGGGCACGCCGAACGAUGAUGCCAGCGACACGUUUUCCAUUCAAAGUGACAUUAGUUCGGAUUCGGAGAAUUUUGCAAUUGUGAUGGGCGAUGAUAAGACCAUGGACUGUAUGGAUGUAAUGUUUCGCCUUAAUCCCUUCACCAACGAUAGCAAUCUAAAGGCUUCGCCCGUCGAGGUCGCCAGCGAAGUGUACGAGGAGCCCACCAGCUACAAAACCAACCUAUCCUCGCCAUCAGAGCCUUCAGAAGCAAGCACCUGGCGUCGCCGCGAUCUUGUCUCCAUGGCUACCUUUAGAUUGACAACCGUCGAGCUGAUACGCCAACAGGAGGGCGGAAAGUCUUCGGUGCGUUUGCAGGUGGCUGCCGUUUCCUGCGACGAAUGUGGUGCCAUUCCCUGGGAUGAGCUCCAGAUCGCGCAUCAAGCGAACAAGAACAAAUUUGGGGCGCGUUGUAAAGCUUGGAACUUGGCACCUUACAAUCCGGAAGCGCCGCCCUGCAUCCGUCUACGACUAGAGGAAACAUUGAAUAUGCCCAAGAAUGUUGAGGGCGUCAUUGAUCGCAAGCGCAUACAGAGCUGGUUUACACACCAUGCCCAAAUACGUGUUAAGGACAUCAAUCUGGAUCUUUCCAUGAGUACGGUCAUUGGUUUGGGGGAUUUGGCAGAAGAUGAGGUUAUCUCAACGCCCAUGCCCGUCACGAUCAAUCUGGAGAAUGUUCGCAUCAAUUUGCUCGAAGAUCGCCCGCCUGUUAAUAUUACCUCACCGGGUCCAGUGCCUAUUAAUCUAUGCAUUGGUCGCAUGCGCAUAGAGCGUGACAAGAGCGGCCUUCUUAACAUACAGCCCAUAGACACCAAUAUGAGUGCUGAGCAAAAUUAUGCUCUGGGCAACGCCUUGUUUGGUGCGCCACGUGAUCGCGAUCGCGAGGUCCUGUCCAUGCAGUUGGUUAUGCAGCAAAUGAAGCUUGACAAUGAGCAGUUGCGAAAGCAGUUGGUGGACUCAAAAGUCAACACAGAAAGUUAUAGGCAAAAAACGAAGCAGGAGACAGAUGUGCUGCGUUCUUAUUUACAGUCCGCCCAGGAUGAUAUCAGCAUAUUGCUGGAGGAGAAGAAAGCUUUGCUGGAUACCAUACGGUCUUUACAGUUAAAACACGUUAGCCGUCUUAACAAUACUACACAUACUUCCAAUAAUAAUGCAAGGACUAAAGGUACAGCUGACAUCAUCGAAUAUGGGUAAAAAGAAUGAUGGCAGCAGAUAGCACAACUGCAUGGACUGCAUACAAUGCUGUGGCGAGAACAACAAUGCCUAGGCGGUGUAUAAUUGACAGUCAAAACAUCAACAACAACAACAGAAGCAAAAAAACAAAAGGAAAUCCUAGAGACGUCUCCGACACACAUCUUUCGCUUUCAUCAUCUCUGUGUUGAGUUUUGCAGAAGACUGAACCUUAUUGGACAAUUUUCACGUUGCCGUUCGUUAUUUUUACUUACUGUUACAUAAUUAUAUAUACAAGAUUCGGUUUUAUCCAAAAGCUGGAAUGUCUAUUACUGUCCCAAAGAGUGUUUUUAUGGCUUUAAAGUGCUUGAAUUUUUAUGUUAUUUUUAAAAGCGGCACGCCAAUUGUUUUUAUUACACACAAUUUUUUUAUGUAAUUUUUUAUAGCUGAAACUUUUUAAAUUGUAUAUUGUUAAUUAAUUGAAUUAAACAAUAACAAUCACAGCAAGAGUAAGAGAGCAAGAACAAAACUACAGAACUAUAUAAAGUCAUGCCACAUUUUUUCUAACGUGUGUAUAUGUAUGUACAUUAACUACUAUGUAUUAUGUAAUUUGUCAUACCUUGAUAUUAAACUUACUCAGCGUUAUGAAAUUGA